UCACAGAUCACCACAGCAUCACGACGCAUAACUUCUCUCCUGUAUCGCCUUCCUGAUUGCGAGAGGGCCUCCGAAAUAUGAAUCGCGCAUUAUAGCACUCGAUCUUCCAGCCAUCCUGCCGCAUUGCGCGGCAUCCGCAUUCACCAUGCCGUACAAUAUAGCUAUGGUCAGCGACAAUUUCUUCCCCCAACCUGGAGGCGUCGAGAGCCAUAUGUACCAGCUUUCCACGAAACUUAUCGAUCGUGGCCAUAAAGUGAUCAUCAUCACGCACGCAUACGAAGGGCGAACGGGUGUGCGGUAUCUCACGAACGGGCUCAAAGUCUACCACGUACCUUUUUUGGUCAUCUAUCGAGCAACAACCUUCCCAACUGUCUUCUCCUUCUUUCCCAUCUUUCGCAAUAUUGUCAUACGAGAGCAGAUAGAGAUUGUACAUGGCCAUGCAAGCUUGAGCAGUCUCUGCCAUGAGGCUAUCCUGCAUGCAAGAACAAUGGGAUUGAGAACAGUGUUCACAGAUCACUCGCUCUUUGGCUUUGCGGAUGCUGCAAGUAUCUUAACGAACAAGCUAUUAAAGUUCAUCUUAAGUGAUGUAGACCAUGUCAUCUGCGUCAGCCAUACAUGCAAAGAGAAUACAGUUCUCCGUGCCUCUCUCGAUCCCCUCAUGGUGUCAGUGAUUCCAAACGCUGUCGUCGCUGAAAACUUUCGUCCUCUCCACCACCCUUCAUAUCCUCUAUCCGAAUUUGGGAAUCAGAUUGUUCCUCCCCCACAGCGACUUGGUCCCCACGAUACUAUAACCAUUGUUGUUAUCUCGAGGUUGUUCUACAACAAAGGCACGGAUCUUUUGGUCGCUGCAAUUCCUAGGAUACUAGCUAGCGAUCCCAAUGUUCGAUUCAUUAUCGCAGGGUCAGGACCCAAAGCGAUUGAUCUGGAACAAAUGCUGGAAAGAAACGUCCUGCAGGACCGCGUGGAGAUGCUCGGACCUGUAAGACACGAGGAAGUACGAGACGUUAUGGUUCGAGGUCACAUCUAUUUACAUCCUAGCUUGACAGAGGCGUUUGGAACAGUCAUUGUCGAAGCGGCAAGUUGUGGCCUGUAUGUGGUCUGCACCCAAGUAGGCGGGAUUCCUGAAGUACUCCCCGCACAUAUGACUGUCUUCGCGAAGCCAGAGGAAGAUGAUCUGGUCGCCGCAACUGGACGAGCAAUCGCAGCUUUACGAGCCAAUAAAGUCAGAACAGAGAAGUUCCAUGAUCAGGUCAAGAUGAUGUAUUCGUGGACAGAUGUGGCUGAACGGACAGAAAGGGUCUACGACGGGAUAUCUGGUGCUAUAAGUGAGGCAGCUUUCUAUGGUUACGAUGCUGCAGACGCUGCCAGCUGGAGCGCUACAAGAGGACGUGCUGGAGUACAGAGCUUUGCCCUCAUCGAUCGUUUGAAGAGAUACUACGGAUGUGGGAUCUGGGCUGGGAAACUAUUCUGCCUCUGUGUGGUAAUCGACUACAUGCUGUUCCUUUUACUCGAGUUCGUGGCUCCAAGGGAUGCUAUCGAUAUUGCGAGGAACUGGCCGAAGAAGGAGAAGGAAGAAAGAAUACAUAAGCCUCGCUCAGGUUACGGCCGUUGAAAAUCGAAUGCUCGAGAUGGGACAGAGAGGAACAUUCGAGACAAGGCCAAUUGAAGCCUCGCUCCAGAGCGGCACGGCACGAGACAAA